AUGUCUUUUAGAAAGCGAGGAGAGAUAGUCAGUGGACCGUCUGCGAGGUCUCUUCCAAUUUCAGGUCCGGGAAUUCCACGGGGCCUUCCAGGUAGGGCUCCUGUUGUUGGGGCAGGACGAGUCCCUUCACCUUUAACCGCUACUCGUAAAACUCCCGAGAAUCCACUAAAAAAUCAUCCUGGUGUCAGACCGUCUAUAUUAAACUCACAGCCAUGCAUCUCGGUAGGGUCCAGCGAUAUCGACGGAAUAAUUGGUCACCAGGGCCUUCCUAUUGGAUCUUUCUUGCUGAUAGAGGAGACAGGAACAACGGAUUUCGCAUCAACUAUAAGUAAGCUUUUCAUGGCUCAAGGAAUUGUGCAAAACAGACUCAAUCAAUCACAGCAGAAUACACACGAAAUACUUAUAGGUCUUGAUCAGCAAUGGGCAAAGACACUUCCUGGUGUUUACAAAGGCAGUAAAGAGAAGAAAAAGGAAAGGGUGCAGCAAAACGAAUCAAAGGUUAGUGUCUCUAAUUUAGUUGAUCAGAAAAACGAUCUGAAAAUUGCUUGGAGAUACGGCUUGAACCAGAAAAAGACUGAAACUGAGGAUAGCUCUGUUGACCAGUACCCCAAUUACUCAAAUCAGUUUGACAUCACUUCCGUGAUGACGGUCGCUCCAGGGCCGAACGAAUUGACAUGUAUUCCAAUUGAUGAUCUGAACAGAGCACUCAAGAGAAUCGAGGAAACAGUGAUGCGAAACCCAUCCAAAGUGAUUAGAAUGUGUGUUCCACUGUUUCUAAACCCUAUGAUCUAUCAAAACGGACUAUCGGCGCCUGAAAUCUUAAAAUUUGUCCAUGGACUGAAGCAGAUUCUUAAGAAAUAUCCAGAUCAACUAGCUUUGCUGAUGACAAUCAACCUUGAUCUGUAUCCUCGAUCCAACGCUCUUGUAACCUACAUAGAGCAGAUAUCCGAUGCCGUGCUUGAGCUGAGACCAUUCAACCCAAAGCUCCACGAGUUGAUGGAAAGAGUGUACAAGAGUCAGCCGGCCAAGAUCAAGCAUGGUCAUUUGAACAUUCACAGUCUUCCGGUGCUGGCGGAGUCGGGACUGAUGUGUGUUCAAGAGAUGGAGUACAGCUUUAAGAACGGCCGCAAACGGUUCGAAGUCGAGAAAUGGAGCAUUCCUGUCGAAGACGAGGAGGAGAAAGAGGAGAAACUAGAUUUCUAA